AUGGCCGGUAAACUUCUAACCUUCUAUCUACUGGCCUUGUGGAUACUACGAUCAUCGUCUGUCAACCUCAAAUGCCUCUUAUGUUGCUGCCAGAACGGAGAAGAUGACUGUGAAAGCGACCCCAACCAACAAACGGCAAAUCCGGUACCUCCACCAGGCGAUUUGCCCGAUGUUAUAUGGCGACAGUGCAAUGCUCGUCCACCAAAUGGUCAAAAAUGGGCGUGUGAGGAUGACAGACUCGAUUUCCCGACCGUUGACUGCCUGGUUCAAGACAUCAGGACAUGUGACCUUCUCAACAAGGACGGAGCACCUACAGUCUUCUACUCCUUCGGUGUCGCUACCAAGGACGCCCGACCUAAUGUACGAGACAAACUUAAUCCUCAUGGUGUCAUGUUCAAUGACGGACUAAUGUCGGACGCCGAUUUCUGGCCGAAAGUUGUUGCUAAAGACAAGUUCAAGAUUGCUGACCCAACGAGAAUGAACGACCCGUCGAAGCGAAGCAACGGCCUUAAUCGCAACGAUAUCUUCGUCGCACGUAUGUCUGAGGCCUUAGCUAGGGCAUCUACAAAUGAUGUCUAUGUUGUGUACAAGGCAGAGGUCGCCGGAGGCGGCAAAGACGGAGACCUAGGAGGCAUUUAUCAGCUGCCCUUACCCAUCGAUCUGAACAAUCCUGAUAUGGUGAAGAGACUCCCGAAUGCCUGGAGAACAUGGGAGUUCCCUACGAUCCAGAAAGCUACCCAAGUACAGAAAGUCUAUGGUGUCGACCAGUCCAAGAAUUACCCACUGACUAACGUCGAAUGGACGAGGGGUACAGGCCAGAAAGAGCUACCUGACAGCUAUGCGUCGGACCUGGAAUUACCACCUUUGGCAGGUGGCAACAGCGCCAAAUUUCGUCGCGAUGAUAAUGCCUGUCCGGGAGCAGCUCCAAGUCCGAAUCCAACCCCGACUGAUGCCCCUAAGUGCACGUAUAUGGGACCUGAGCCGCCAACGCAGCCAAGCGCGUACUGUACCUGCGACGGUAAGUCGACCUUGCCACUCACAAGUCUGAAAACGCAGGCCCCCGAGACCGAGAGCUGUGCCUACACCGCCCAACCCACCGGCGACGCGGCCAAGAACCCCAACAAAGCCCCCGAACCGACCACCAACUCAAAAAUCUGCGAAGUCUGCACCCCAUACGCAGCUAACGAAGCUGACUGUACCAAAAUGCCGAACUGUACGCCCAUACAAGGUGCGGCAACAGUCGAAGCUGGCAGCUCCGCUGUGAACGUCGGCACCCUCACGUCCGACGCCCUCUACACAUCUGUCUCCAAAGCACUCGAGUCCAUCUGUCCACCAGCCACACAAACCACAGACUUCACACACUGCUCUACCGACACCGCCUCCAUCAAGGGCAUAAAAUACGUAGCUGACGAAUCCCUGCUCGAUGAUGGCGAAUUCGUGGUCACCGUCAAAUCCUCCCAAUACAAUAUGACUUCCCUCCGGGACGCACUGAUCCAAUCCGCCGCCACAACGGCCAAAUUCUCCACCUCAGAAAAGAAUUCGUACACAGCUCAUUACACCGUCCUGGAAAAGCGCUGGUGGCACGCCCCCGCUAACCUUGCUGCUCGCGCCCUCGGCAUUCGCGACCACCCUUACCCUGAAUCAGAGUCAAUGACUCUAUACAGAGCCGUCGACUUUGCGGGCGCGCACUACUAUAGCCCCUUCAUCAACGUGAACAAUGUCGACAAAGGCACCGACUAUAUCGACGUGGACUAUAGUUUCAAAGCGGGCUCAGGGGCAGAGCUGAUCUGUGACUUCCUGAACGCGAUGAUUGAUGGAUUGGCGGUCGUGGCACCGGAGUUCGCCGUGGGGGAUAUUGAGUUGGGGAGUGCGAUUGACUUCUUGUGUAAGGAGGGUAUUGAGGGGGAUUUGAAGGAGAGGGAGGUCGGUGCGGAGGGGCAGGAGGAUGGGCAUUUUAAGAGACAUGCGCCGCUGACGAUUGAAGGGCGAGAUGAGAUCUAG